AUGAGAUUACUAUCCACAAAGACUCUUGAGGUUGUAUCAAUAAACGAAGAUGAGAUACCACCGUAUGCGAUCUUAUCCCACACCUGGGGUAAGGACGAGGUCACGUUGCAGGAUAUGCAAGGCUUCGGUGUCAAGAUGCUGUCCACCGCUAGUCGAAUGAACCUUCUCAAGGCAAAGCAAGGCCUCCAGAAAGUCCUAAACGCAGCCAAGCUCUCUGCUUCAGAGGGAUAUGAUUGGAUCUGGAUCGACACCUGCUGCAUUGACAAAACCAGCAGUGCAGAACUUUCGGAAGCCAUCAAUUCCAUGUACAGAUGGUAUCAGGAUUCAGAAAUAUGCUAUGUCUACCUAGCAGACACAACAGUGGGCGAUGAAGAGCUUCAGAACUCGAGCGACGAUUUUCUAUCAUUCUACUCAAAGGAUUGGUCGUUCAUAGGCAAAAGUAACGAAGACCAUAUAAUGCGCCCUUUGGCAGAAGCAACUGGUAUCGACAUCGGCGUACUAUCCGGCGACAUCGUCACGCAGGAGGUCAGCGUUGCCAAUCGAAUGAGAUGGGCCUCCAAGAGAAAAACAACGCGCCAGGAAGAUAUGGCGUACUGUUUGAUGGGACUUUUCAGUGUAAACAUGCCGUUAUUGUACGGAGAAGGGCGGGCUCGCUCUUUUAUCAGACUUCAAAUCGAGAUUCUUCAAGCAACUGAUGACCAGACGAUAUUCGCCUGGUCAGCGCCGCCCGGAGAAAAAUACCACAGAGAAGCUUCGGGACUAUUAGCCGAAUCUCCGGAGUAUUUCCAGGAUUCACCGAGUAUGUAUCCCAUGCCAAACUGGUAUCAACCCGAAAGCAGCACCCCAUGGAGCAUGACCAAUCGGGGGCUCAUGGUCCAGCUGUAUCUUCGAGCUUCAAGAUCCGGGACCAACGCGAAGGGAGAGUCUGCAGAUGAUUUCGUGGCUGUCCUCGACUGCUGUGCUGACAUCAAAAGACGGGACCAGUCCGGCCGAGAGUGGAUUCAUGAAUACAGUCCAGCAAUAUCACUACGGCGGCUGUGGGGAGACCAGUACGCAAGGGUCCACACGGAUUACAGUCAGUAUGUCAGAACGCAUGACCGGCCAGGAGGCCAGGUCAAAACGCUCUUUGUCAAGCAAGACCAGUCUCUUUCUCUCCCUAGCUUCAUUGUUGCAGAGAAAUUUCUCAGAGGUACUGGAAGCUUUAUCGUUUCUGGAGUCUACCCCCGAGAUCUAUGGGACUCGAAAUCUGGCAUUUUCAGGUCCGGCCUUUCCCGACAACAAUGUAUUCAAGGGCUUUUCAGAUUCUCCCAUCCACCUGGAAGUGGUGUUUCUGAUGGACUGUUUGACGUCGCUGUCGCUUUGCAUUCAACUGCUCCGGGUCAGUUCGAGGCAUUUGGCAUUCUCAGACCCGUAGAGGGCAGGACGGUACGCCAGGCUUACGACCACAUAAACAAAACAUGGAUUUCGGCUUCUCGAGGUGGUAAAGCUGAACUUGCGGACGAAUACCGGGAUAAAACGAUUGCUCUACUUCAACUGCGUAGGACCCAAAGACUCGGUGGCGUCUCCUACGUUCUUGAUUUGCUUGAAAGGGUAGAGCUCGAGCCCAUUCCCUCCCGUCCACAUUUGAAGAUCGCAGCUUUGACAUCUCUAAGAGGCCUCAACGUGUCUAAAACUUCCAUUAGCACUGAAGAACAAUUGAAAUUACUUUUCAAGCCUAUUUGCGUUUCAGAAAACUCUCACCCAGGUCGUCUGAUCCUUUUGGACAAACAAAUCAGGGUGCGCGCGCGCAAGAAUCAUGUUCUGGAACCACAAGGUCCCCAGAUUUCAGAGAAUUCGACCUUGAGCGUGUCCGGUACAUCUACAUCGAAGUCAAUUCUCACGACAGAUACCUCGCCCGCGGCUCUUAACCGACGGCAAGGUGAAGGUGAUAGCAUGAGCGCGGUACAGGCAAAGGAUUCAGGUAAUGCCAACAAGCUGAUGCGAUUUGGGAUAUCUGGAGACCGACUUGUUCACUUCUUAGCUCUUCGUGGCGAUCCUUCACUUACCUCUUGGCUGAUUCGUCAGUGCUUCGAUUUUGAUGCCGGCGCGAUUACAGGAAGGCUUAUCGCGUCGAUAUUACGCAAUGGAAUGAAUUUCGCCGAAUUGCUCUCGGAUCUGGACAGAAGGACUGACUUUACUCCCGACGUCUUAUCGAGGUUCAGAGAACGACUUGGAGCCGUGGAAGGGACCCAAGAUACGGCGCUCCAUUUCGCGGCAACGUACAGCACUGAAGAAGAGUUCAAACUUAUCAUGACGUACUUUUUCCGAGCCUUAGAAGGUCCAGAUCCGUGGGAAGAUUUCGAUAUCAAGCACGAGUGGAGUUAUCUCUUCAGGCUACAGAACGGCAACGGAGAAACAGUACUCCACAGAGCGGCGGCAAUGUCCAACCUUGGGGUCGUCAGUUACAUUUGCCAGCAUGCCCCCGAAGCUGCGUGCCAGAUUGACUCAAUGAAUCGGUCGACAUUGUGGCACGCGGCUUGCGGAGGCGACGGCAGAAUCAUCCCCGUAGUAGCCACGGUCCUCAAGUCCUUGGCGUGGGCACCCACAGUCGAUUAUCCGGAUGAAAAUGGCCUCACACCACUGCACGUGGCAUGUCGAGAAGGCUACGUGGGCUGUGUGAAGGCGCUUCUCGAUUUUGGCGCCAGUCCUCUCUGUGCCACACAGUCCGCUGGGUUGACACCCAUUCACUACGCCUCACUGUUUGGCCACUAUGAUUGCUUGAUGGCAAUUGCUGAGCAUAGUCAGGCCUAUGAUGACUUUAAUCAGGUUGUAAAUAUGGUGGAGGAUGUGGAAUUGAUCCGGCCGAUACAUCUGGCUGCUGCCAACGGGUGGUACGAGUGUGUGGAGUUGCUCGUAGAGCAUGGAAGCCCAUUGAGCUCUCUCACAUCGAUCAUGUGCAUUGCACGAUCAGGUUCAAUUUCAGCGGAAGAGUUCGAAGUGCAGGUGCAGAGUAUCCAACUGUCGACACCAGAAGAUGUUGCUGCCAUGAGAGGUUGGGACGAAGUAGCUGGGUAUCUGAGAGCUAAAGACAUGAUUUCGCGUGCCGAUGAUAGGCCGACGUGUGAUUUAGAGCGCUAUGUUUCUAUUUCAAAUCCGGAAAGGAGCGCCAAAGUCAUUCCUUGA